AUGAAUAAUAUUGAACAAACACGUCUCGCUCGAUUACGCCCAGAAAAACUCGAUGAUGUGUCUCUUAAAGAACAGAUAUCUUUGAUACAAAAAGCAUGUGACAAUGUUAAUCCUGAAAAAAUUGCUCUUGUCUUUCAUGAAUGUGAUUACAAUAUGCAACAAACAAUAAAUCGAUUACGAUCAGGAGAUUUCGAAGAUGGUGGAUGGCAAACAGCUAAAUCGAAUAAUAAGAAGAAAAAUCAUAAUCAAGUUGAUCAAAAAAUAAAUGGUGGUAUUAAUUUAAGUGAUAGUGAACGUUCUCUUUCGCAAAGAACGUCGCCAACGUCAUCACUACGUGAUGGACCUCAUCGAAAUGAUCAUUAUCAAUAUCCUUCAACAACGCGUCCUAAUAUUGGACGGCGUGGAAAUGAUUCUGGUCGUAGCCAUUUUAUUUCAUCUUAUCUACGUUAUCCACAACGGAAUAGGCCAGUAAGAAAAGCAACAUCAUCUCAACCAAUAUUCAAUGAAACAUCUUUAAUACCUAAACAAUCAAAUGAGGUACCACCACAAGCAAAAUCGCCAUCAACAGAUGAAUAUGAAUUUGCCGAUGGUAUACCACAAUCAUUAAGUUUUGAUAAUAGUCAAAUGAAAACAUCAUUGCAAACUCUAUCAAAACGUCAAGUACCUUCCAGUAUACCACACGAACCUGUAUCAAUGCAUCCAACACUUCAAUUUCCAACGGAACCCAUUGAUAUUCAAUUUGGGGAUGUUCAAUGGAAUGAUUCUGUGCCAAUAGCAGUUAGUCCGUCCAAUAGUACAAUUGAACAGACAAUAGUACACAAUCAGGAAGAAGAAAAAGAAGAAGAAAUCGUAGUAAUUGAAGACACUUAUAAUCAUGACCAAAAUCACGAUGUUCCUGAUUCUUCAGUAUUGAAUUAUAUGAAUCAUCAAACAUCGAACGAUGUUCAUAAUGCAUUACUUGAAACAGCAAAUCAACUUGCAUCUUUAUCCAUUACUGAUAAUACUAUAUCUGAUGGUUUACUAGUUGUUCCUCCAGAAGGUACAUCUCAUUUAUCAGAUCAUUUAGCUAAUACACCAUCUUCUACUCCUAAUCAAUAUUCAUCUCAACCACAAGCUCCAGCACCCAUUUCCAUAGCACGUUUACCACCUACAUCAAUACCACGUGCUCCCGAGCCUAAUUCAACUAAUUCUCAAUUUAUGUUAAGUAAUCUACAACAGACUAAUAAUGGUAUUCUUUCAUCAGCAUUUACUCCACUUAAUACUGUUGUUAACUAUCAACCUGUACCAAGGGAUUAUUCUCAGACAGCAGCAACAAACUGGAAUCUACAAGCAUCAAAUUAUAAAACAAAUUCAAAGUCAACCAUGAUUCCAGCAGGCACAUAUCAACAACAACAACAACAACAACAGCAAGCCUAUCAAAUACCAGCGCAACAACAACAACAACAAUUUUUUUUUGGAGCCUAUCCCUACAAUGCUUUAUCACCAGCAGUCGUUCCAGUAUUUGCCUCAGUAGAUCAAUGGCCAGCAGGUACAUUUUCAGCGCCAUUCGAAUCUUAUCCAUAUCCAACUCCUAAUUACAUAUCAGCAUAUCCAAAUCUACAACAAUAUGCUAUUCAAACAGCUAAAUAUGAUCAACAGCAGUCAUAUGAUAAAGAAUAUUUUGUACAUUAUGGGCAAGCACGUUCAUUGAAUAAUGAUGCCUCAUAUCCGCAACAACAACCAUCACAACCAAUAAAAGAUACUCAUGCAACUAGUAAAUUAUCACCCAAUGCAGCAACAUUCUGUCAGGGAGCUCCAUUGACGGUAUCACCAACGACAGCAACAGCACUCUACAUAAAUCCGGUCGGAUAUCCCAUGCCAAGCUAUUUUCCAUCAGUACCUGGAUCGAUACAACCAGAUCGAAUAUUGUCUUCUAUGGAUAAUCACGAUAAUCGCAAUGGUGCUUCAUAUAGUAGUACUAACAAUCGAAAUAAUUAUUAUCAUGCACAACAACAGCAGCAACAACGUACACAUAAUAACAAUGGAUCAAAUUCUACCUGGCAUUUGCAACAGUAA